AUGGCCGACCCCCGUGUUGAAGAGCUCCCCGACGAGGAGGUUCCCAAGACCAACGUUGAGGAUGCCGGCAGCUCCUCCGAGUCUGAGGCUGGCGAUGAGCCCACCAUCCCCGGUGGUGCCGCUGUCACCAUCCACUCUCGCAACGAGAAGAAGGCUCGCAAGGCCAUUGGCAAGCUCGGCCUGAAGCACGUUCCCGGCAUCACUCGUGUCACUCUCCGUCGUCCCAAGAACAUCCUUUUCGUCAUCAACCAGCCCGAUGUCUACCGCUCCCCCUCCAGCAACACCUGGAUCAUCUUCGGUGAGGCCAAGAUCGAGGACCUGAACGCCACCGCUCAGGCUACCGCUGCCCAGCAGCUUGCUGAGGCUGCUGCCAACGAGCACGCUGGUCACGACCACGAGCACGACCACGGCAAGGGCAAGGCCCCCGAGGCUGAGGCCAAGAAGGAGGAGGAAGAGGAUGAUGGCGAGGAGGUCGAUGAGUCUGGUCUUGAGGCUAAGGACAUCGAACUGGUUAUGGCCCAGGCUAAUGUGUCCCGCAAGAAGGCCGUCAAGGCUCUCCGGGAGAACGACAACGAUAUCCGUAGCGCCGCUCUCAAGGUCGACUGGGCCAAGUUGACCAGCUCCCUCGGACUCCGCGGCCAGACCGCUGCUUCCCUCCAGGCCUUCAAGAAGCGUAACGACGAUGCGCGCCGCAAGGUUCAGAUCCUGUCUGAGCAGGCCCAGACUGUCGACUUCGAGCACUACCGCAAGGUCCUGAAGAACCAGGCCAUCGUCAACGAGAUCGAGAACCACUUCAAGACCUUCAAGCCCGCCACCUACGAUGUCAGCCGCCAGCUGAAGGCCAUCGACGCUUUCGAGGCUCAGGCCGUCAAGGGCGCUGAGGAGACCAAGGGCAAGGUUGAGUCCGAGCUCCGCAGUCUCCAGAAGACCCUCGAGAACAUUGAGACCGCUCGUCCCUUCGAGGACCUCACUGUUGACGAGGUUGCCGCCGCUCAGCCCGAGAUCGACGAGAAGACCGCCUCCCUUGUCUCCAAGGGCAGAUGGAUGCCGGCUGGUUACAAGGAGCGCUUCGGCGACAUGUCCGUUGUUUAA